AUGGUCUUCACGCUCUCCGCCCAGCUGAGCGUCCACCAGCAGGAUGUACGGGGCGUCGCGUCUCCGCGCGACAACCUCGUCCUCUCCGCCUCGCGCGAUGCCUCGGCCAUUAUCUGGCACAGGGACGCUCCGACGACCUUCAAUCCGCUCGUCGCUCUGACGCCCUCGGAUGCGCCGACGAAAUUCGUCAAUGCAGUCGCGUACUUGCCGCCGAUGGAAGGUGGUCCGCCAGAGGGAUACGUCGUCACCGGCCACCAGGACGGCAUCGUGCGCGUCUGGGCCAUCGAUCCAAACCUGUCGGAGCCGCUGCACGUCUUGACCGGCCAUACCCAAGACGUUUGCUCGCUGCACACACUUCCCGACGGCACCAUCAUCUCUGGAUCCUGGGACAACACCGCAAAAGUAUGGAAGAACUUCUCUCUCGCCUACGAUCUCAAAGGACACGAAGCGUCCGUCUGGGCCGUACUCGCUCUCGGUGGAGUCCAGUUUCUCACCGGCUCUGCUGACAAGCGCAUAAAGUUCUGGCGCGAAGAUCGCUGCACGCGCACGUAUACAGGCCAUAACGGCCCUGUACGUGGUUUGGUACCAUUCUCGGACAUCGGCUUUGCUUCGUGCUCAAAUGACCAGAACAUUCUCCUCUGGACGCACGAAGGCGACAUCAUCUCCACGUUGUCCGGGCACACAAGCUUUGUGUACAGCAUCGCCAUGCUUCCUUCGGGGGACAUCGUCUCCGCCGGCGAAGAUGGCACCGUACGCGUCUGGCGCGAUGGUGAACUCUUCCAGACCAUUGCGCACCCUUGCACGAGCGUAUGGGCUAUCUCCGCCAUGCCUUCGGGCGAUAUCGUCUCAGGCGGCUCGGACGGUAUCGUGCGUGUCUGGUCUGAGGCAUCUGAACGUGCUGCGGCUGCAGAUGAGCUCAAGGCGCUUGACGAUGCGGUCAAGGAGGCCGCUAAGCCUAAAGCUGACCCUAACGACCCGCUGAAGGACAUUGAAACCUUCCCACCGGAGGUUCUCAACACGCCCGGGACAACAGCAGGCGAGAAUAAGAUCAUCGUCGAGCAAGACGGGAGUGGUUGGGCGUAUGAAUGGGACGCGGGCAGCCACCAGUGGAAGAGGCUCGGCUGUAUGCGCGCGCCACCCGGAAAGAAGCUCUUUGGCGGCAAAUUCUACGAUCACGUUUGGGAGGUUGACAUUGCGGAUGGUCAGCCGAAGGUCCAGCUCCCGUACAACAACGGAGAGAACCCGUACGCAGCCGCCCAGCGCUUCAUAGAGCGCAAUAACCUGCCAAUGGUAUACCUGGAUCAGGUCACGAACUACAUCAUACAGCAGGCCGGAGAGGGCGCCGCCGCCGGUAUGGGUGGCGGGGGCGAGUACCAGGAUCCCUUCACCGGCGCGGGUUCAUAUCGCCCUGCAGGCUCUCGACCCGCAGCCGCAGCUUCCAACUACCAGGACCCGUUCACAGGAUCAGGCGCGUACCGGCCCGCACCGGCUCCCGCGGCAAGCGGGGCAAGCAACUAUGCUGACCCUUUCACUGGCGCUGGAGCGUACCGACCUGGCCCUGCCUCGCCUCCUGCACAGUCUUCGUUCGCUGAUCCAUUCACGGGUGGCUCGAGAUACACACCUGCAUCUUCGAAUCCCUCGUCCCCUCCGCCUGUUACACCAGCCCCUGCUAGUAUAUCGCUACCAUAUAAUAAUACGACCCUGUAUCAGUCACACACAAACCCGCAGGCUCUGCACAACCGAUUGCAGGACAUCAAUAAGCGGUUGAAAGACGAGCCGACCACAUCAGGGCUAGCUUUAUACCCAGAAGAGGCUGCACUCAUCGAGCAGCUUGUGCAGCACUUCUCCGCUCGCAAUGGACGACCGGCAAUCGGUUCACAGCAUCUUGAAACCCUCAUCGACCUUUUAGGUCGUUGGCCUCCGGAUGCACUUCUCCCUAUUGUUGAUCUUACUCGCCUCGUUGCUGGUGCAGAGCCGACCAUCGCAAUCGCACAAGCACCUGCAUUGAUCAAAGCGCUCUCAAAGCUGUCUGGUUUCCCGGCCGUCGAGCCGGCACCACGGACUACCAUUGCGAUGCUUGCGCUGCGCACGUUCGCAAAUAUGGCCCCCGGCGCUACACCAGGCGCGGAGUGGGUACUCGAGAUGCUGCAACUGCUUUCGAAGAUCCCGUACGCCCAGCUCAAUAGCCAGCAACGUAUUGCGCUCGCCAGCAUUCUCAGCAACUUGAGUGUCGCUGCACAAACGCGUGCAUUUGGCGAGGAAGUGCUCAACACUCAUGCAGCGGUCAUCAAGAGUGUUCUUCAGACCGAGACGACUGACGCUGAGGUGCAAUACCGCGUGGUCAUGGCGUUAGGCAACAUGCUCUAUGCAAGUCGUGCUCGGACGACGGCGUUGUCUGAUGCCACAUCCCUGCGCGAGCUGGUUAGUGCUGCAGUCAACAGGAUUGCGGCUGCGCGGCCCGAACGUAGGGCUAACGGAGAGUCUGUCCUGAAGCUCAUCGGCAGCGCUUGA